UCCUAUUAUUUUCAUCUUUUCUGCUUUUGCUUUCACAUCAUCCCGACCCCAAUACUCCUUCCAAUUUGCCCACUCUCUAUCAAGAAUGAAUGGAGGUGGUUUCUCGUUGUUCCAACACCUCUUGAUCUUAUGAUGAGGCAUUUUCAUGUAAGUUGGCUUUGGGAUCCAUUAAACACCAUAUAUUUAAAAGAUUUGAGCCUUUCACAACACACACAAAAUUUAAUGUAAUGAUAUUAAAUUUCCUCACACAUAAAAACUAUAAAUAUAACAAAAUUUAUUACAUAAGUUUCUCACAAUUAAUACUACUAUUUCUUGUAGUGUAAUGUCGUCUCUUAAUUGCACUUUUACAUUCCUUUUGUUAAUUUUCGCAAACUUGUUACUUUUGGGAGCUUCUACAUCUAACAAUCAUGAUUUUCUGGAAUGUCUAAUCCAUGAAUUCCAACUCUCAAACUUAGAUACUGAUAUAAUCUACACCCCUCAAAAUGCAACAUAUGCAUAUCUUCUGCUAUCCCAAAAUCUACGGGCAGCUACCACCUCACCGGAGAAACCUGAUCUCAUCGUCACUCCAUUCUCUGUGUCCGAAAUCCAGGCAGCAGUCUUCUGCUCCCGGAAACUCGGCCUGCAGAUCAGAGUCAAGAGUGGCGGCCACGACUACGAAGGCCUUUCCUACACCUCUGCAUCAACGCCUUUCAUGAUCGUUGACAUGAGAAACUUCCGAUCAGUAACCGUCAACGACAAGGCGAAAACUGCAUGGGUGCAGGCCGGUGCAACCCUCGGCGAACUCUACUACACAAUCUCCCUAAAAAGCAAGACUCUUGGUUUCCCGGCCGGGGCUUGCCCGACGGUGGGCGUGGGCGGCCACUUCAGUGGCGGAGGGUACAGUAUGAUGUCACGCAAACAUUCAAUCGCAUCGGACCACAUCGUGGACGCCAAACUGAUCAACGCCGACGGCGAAAUCCUGGACAGGAGCAGCAUGGGAGAAGAUCUGUUUUGGGCCAUCCGAGGAGGCGGAGGCACAAGCUUCGGGAUUGUUCUAGAAUUCAAGGUGACGUUAGUCAGUGUCCCGGAAACGGUCACCGUUUUCAACGUGACACGAACUUUGGAAGAAAACGCGACUGAUAUAGUAAACAAAUGGCAAUACAUCGCCGACAAGGUCGACGAGAAUCUCCUGCUCAGGCUUUUCUUGGCUCCCAGCAACUCUCGUACAAUCUCAGCUUCGUUCACGACGCUGUACCUGGGAAGGAUUGGCGAACUCAUGCCAAUAAUGGAGGAGCAGUUUCCAGAGCUGGGAUUAACCGAGAAAGAUUGCAUGGAGAUGAGCUGGGUAGAAUCUCAUCUCUUCUUCGCUGGAUUUGAGAAUACCACAGUAGACGUUUUGCUGGACCGCACGCCGCAGGGCAUCUACGCCCCAACCUACUUCAAAGGGAAAUCUGACUACGUGAGUGCUCCCAUCCCGGUGAAGGGUCUGAGAGAGAUAUGGAGGUUCCUUCUAGAAGAAGAAGGUUCUCAGCUGCAGUUCAGUCCUUACGGGGGAGUUUUCAAUACAAUCUCCGACUCCGAAACGCCGUUCCCUCAUCGUAACGGAAAUAUAUUCAUGAUCUACUACGUCGUGGUAUGGGACAACCCAUCAGAAUCACAAACGCAUCUUGAUUGGAUCAGAGGCUUCUACAGCUUCAUGGCACGCUAUGUCACCCAAAAUCCCAGGGCUGCUUACUUCAACUACAGAGAUCUUGAUAUUGGGAGCAACACUCAAGACAGCAGUAUUACCACUUACGAUCAGGCUAGUGUUUGGGGCCUCAAAUAUUUUAAGAACAAUUUCAGAAGAUUAGUUCGUGUGAAGACCAAAAUUGACCCCUCAAACUUUUUCAGAAACGAGCAAAGUAUUCCACCCAUGGUAUCGUAUUUAGAAAAUAGAUUAAACAGUUCAUCGAUAUAAUUUAUCUAUAUACUAAUAGAAAAAGAGCCUAAGGCACAAUUUGUGAAUUGCCUAUUUUGCCUUUGUGAUAUAUUUUAUACUAUAUAUUUAUAUUUGAUAUA